AUGUCGACCGUGGUGAUGCAGCCCGACGGAACGCCCAGGUUUGCCGGCAUCUCAGGCUUCAUGUUCGACCUGGUCGUCGAGGCCAUGGGCUUCAAGUACGUGGUCAAGCUGCCACCCGACUACAGCUGGGGUGCUCGGGAUGCGCAAGGACGAUGGGCUGGACAGUUUGGCAUGGUGGUCCGCAACUAUGACGGGGUCGCAAAGCUUUUUACGCGCUGCCGUGCGGACGAGCAGACGUGCGCCAGCGACCGCGGUGGCUACUGCGCGUGGGCCGAGACCGGCUCCGAAAUGGACACGCGAGAAGCCUCCUGCACAAUCGGAUACAUUCGCCGCAACCUGAAAUUAGCAUCACCGGACAUAAAAAAGGAGAGCGACAUGCUCGUGGGCCCCGUGGCGCCCACUGAGGACAGGCAUUCGGCGCUGGAGCCGCUGCCGCAGUUCUAUUACACCGAGGCAGGACACUGCGGAGGACUCACCGACCCGUACGUCACCAACGUGUUCGGAUACGUCAACUCUUUCGACGUCGAUGUGUGGAUCGGGCUGUUCACGGCCAUGCUCUUCGUGAGCUUCGUGGUGGCGCUGAUCGACGCCAGGUUCCGCUGCACUCGCCUGGCCGUCGCCUACUAUUUCGCAUUCCUCAGCCUGUUCAGCAUCUUCCUCAUGGAAGCGUCUGCCCGGGUGACACGUGGCUCCGCCAAGCGGUGGCUCAUCGGCACCUGGUGGCUGGCCGUGUUCGUGCUGGCAGCGGGCUUCACGGGCCACAUGAAGGCCAGCCUGACCAUGAAGGACCCGCGGGCACGCUACGACACCAUACAAGACAUCGUGCAGAGCAGGGACGUAGUGCCGGUCAUCAUUCGGGGAACCACCUACGAGGAGCGCUUCCGCAACUCGCUCGACAUCUACCAACGCCAGGUGUGGGUCAAGGCGCGUCGCAUGGGGGGCAUCAUGCACGUCAAGGACGUAUUCUCCAAGGAAACGUUCGACGACGUGCUUCAGUCCAAGAAGGUGGUGUUUCUGGACCAGACUUUACUGUACCACGCUUUGACAAGACUGUACGACAAGCCUCCUCAAGGGGAAUUUUACAUGGGCCGAGAGAUCGCCAUGAACUUGACCAUGGGCAUGUGGGUCAACAGGGGCCUCCCCGUUAGCCUGCGCAAGACACUUCACCAGCGCACCCGAUGGAUUAUUGAGUCCGGCCUACCCGAGUGGAAUCGACUCAGCAUCAUCCAGCGAGCCAAGCAGAGGAGCCAGACCGGGACGCCGGGGGCGCAGUCCUUCGCCUUCCACACCAUCCGCGUGGAGGACGUGAGCGGCCUCUUCUACCUGAUGGUCGCCUGCUUCUCCGUCUGCCUGCCGGCAGCCCUGCUCGAGCACGUGACGUUGCUCGGCGAGCAUCGCUGCCGUCGUCGCCGCGCUGCUUGAACGCGGCGCUCAACUGCAGCGUAGCAGCGACAUCACGGCGGUGCACUCGCCUUCUGCUGCAGCAUUUCUUGUCGAAUGUGUAGAAGCGCCCUUAGAAAGGCACACCACCUUCCUUCAAAUAAAGAUUACCAAUAGCGAA